AUGAUUGUCUUCCAAGAAACAGAACAUGCCGUAAAGGCAAAAUCUUCUUUAGACAAACAUUAUAUUAUUUGGAAAGAAAGAAAGCCUUUCCCAGAGAUUGUAACAAUAACCAAUGAAAAGGAUGAAGAAACUUGGCAGGAUUACGAAAUCUUAGAAUUACGAGUUUAUUAUGGACAGCAUUUCUCCAUUCAUGUGGAUCCAGCACUUAAUUCACUUCAAGUUCCUCAGUUUGAACGAAAUCUGUUGAUCUCUCCGCCUGGUUCACCAUUUGACGGUUGGGAACAGAUUGCAGAAGACCCUCCUAAUCAAGCUAUCUUGGGCUCUGACCUUAUCUGUGCAGCUGAAGUUUCCGAUUAUGAGCUUGACGAAGAUGAAAUAAAGUUAGAUCAUCGACCCGAGUUACCAGCCAAGAAACCAUCUUCUAAAUUUUCUAUUGUAUGUGCCCAAGGAACCGAGCACCCUGAGCAUUUACCUUCUAUUACUGUACAGGAUUGGGACGGUCAUAUUACGGUGGAAUUGGAUGGUGAAGAAGAAGACUUGAAAGUGUUAAAGAGAAAUCAAAAGAAAAUGACUGCUGCAGAUGUUGUACCAACAGCAAUGCCACCACGACGCUCAUAA